GUUUCAGUUUAUAGCUCAGGGGAUUACGGCGUGAGAGAGAGAAGCGAAGAUGGUGAAGUUCCUGAAGGCGAACAAGGCUGUGAUCGUCCUGCAAGGGCGGUACGCAGGGAAGAAGGCGGUGAUCGUGAGGAACUUCGACGAUGGAACACGUGAGCGUCCUUAUGGACAUUGCCUCGUUGCUGGGAUCAAGAAGUACCCUAGCAAGGUUAUAAGGAAGGAUUCAGCGAAGAAAACAGCGAAGAAGUCGCGCGUGAAGGCUUUCGUGAAGGUGGUGAAUUACCAGCACCUCAUGCCCACGCGCUACACGCUCGACGUGGAUCUCAAGGACGUCGUAACCCCCGAUGUGCUCCAGUCCAAGGAUAAGAAGGUCACCGCACUCAAGGAAACCAAGAAGCGCUUCGAGGAACGUUUCAAGACCGGUAAGAACCGGUGGUUCUUCACCAAGCUCAGGUUCUGAGCGCGUAGAUCGCUAAAACAAUUUUUCUUUCGUUUUUGAUCCAUCUAGUGUUUUAAUUUUCAACUGUUUGGGUUAUUAUUAUUAAUUAUCUUAUAAUGCUACAUUGAGGUUGGAUUCUGCUGUUUUGUACCAUGGGGUAAUAUUCCAAUGCGUUAGACUUGUUUGUUUUUACUA